GCGCGUGCGCAGCAGCGAGCUGCCGCGGCUGCUUCCCUUUCCUCCUUUCCGGCGAUUCUGAUUGGAGGAGGAGGGGAAGAAGGGUUUAGCAGCCCCCGGCUGGGAUCCAUUCAGGGGAAGCUGAGAGGAAUUUGCGGAGAGCGAGGGAUCUGCUGCCGCAGGUGGAGAUAAAUAGAGAACUGUUAUUUCUAGAAUAUACCAAUCCCAGGGCUGACAAAUACGACUUCACUAUAUCUUCUCGGCACUUAAUGAAGCUAUUGAAGCCUGGACCAUUACUGUGGGAUGAAGGCUGGGCUUUCUAUCUUGUGCAAGAGGCAAGAAUUCUGCAGUCACAAAACUGUGUUUACAUUCCUGCACAAGCUUUCAGAGAGCAAGCUGGAGACAACAUUGCAGCAAAUUAUCUCAUUGCCAAGAUUCUUGAUCACCGCUCAGAUGACAAUGGUAAAUGUGCUAUGGAGUUUCUCAGCAGUGAGGAUUAAGCAUUUCCUCUGGAACACCAGGAAAGAAGACAGACUCAAUGCUUUGUGGAUUAAGUAAGUUCCAGACUUCAAUCACAGGACAACUAGACUGUUUGCAAGACCAAAAGACUCUUUGGAGAAGGGGUGUGGCCAUGGAAAAGAGAAUGGCUGCUUAACUCUGGAGCUCCGUUCCUUGCCUGAAGGAAGCACAGUUAAGAGAAGUCUGCUGCAUUGAGUACACUUGGACCAGUCCAUCACUCUUGAUUCAGAAAGACAGCAGAACUACUUGCACUUGAAGGAGUGUGCUGUUGCAUCUCUUGAGUCACUGCUCUAGGUUUGCCUCCUUCCAAAUUGGUGGCAUAUACUGGUCAGUAGCUCCUGCAGAGAUACAAGAGGAAAUGCAUCAUUUUGAAGAGGAACUAACUUGUUCCAUUUGCUACAGUAUAUUUGAUGACCCUCGUGUACUGCCAUGUUCACAUACUUUUUGUAGAAACUGUUUGGAAAGUGUUCUUCAGUUAUCAGGCAACUUUUCCAUAUGGAGACCCUUAAGACUUCCACUGAAGUGUCCCAACUGUAGAAGCAUUGUGGAAAUUCCACCGACUGGCACAGAAUCUUUGCCUGUCAACUUUGUAUUAAAGGCUAUAAUUGAAAAGUAUCAGCAAGAGGACCAUCCAGAUGUCGCUACGUGUAGUGAACAUUAUAGACAACCUCUAAAUGUUUACUGUCUUCAAGACAAAAAACUAGUAUGUGGCCAUUGUCUUACAAUAGGAAAACACCAUGGCCAUCCCAUAGACGACCUUCAAAGUGCCUACAUGAAAGAAAAGGAAACUCCAGGCAAACUCCUUGAACAGCUGACAGAUAAACACUGGAGUGAAGUGUGUUUACUUAUUGAAAACCUGGAAGAACAUAAAGCUCAAUGUGAGAGCAUUGUCCAGGAGGAUAAAAAAACUGUGUUGCAAUAUUUCAAGAGACUCAGUGAUUUACUUGAUCACAAAAAACAAGCUUUGCUUGCAGCUUUGGAAGAAGUGAACAUGCAAAUUGAGACAGAAUAUGAACCUCUAAUUGAAAAUAUGAAAGGCAUACGGGAAGAACAACUUGAAUUGAUGUCACUGAAUACAGCCAUUCAGGAGGAGGAAUCUCCCCUCUUAUUUCUGGAGAAGGUUGAUGAUAUUCGCCAGCGUGUUAAAGCUUUGAAGGAAAAGCCGUUACCAAAUAUAAAGCCUGUAGAAAUCUACCCGCGAAUAGGGCAGGUGCUGAAAGAUGUGUGGUCCAAAAGUGAAAUUAGUCAGGUCAACAAGAUUGUCAUUCCCAAAAUAAAGCUAAUUUCAAAAGAAAAAAUAUGUAGCCAUGGCUGUGAAAAGGAGAAGAAAUCACGUAAAGAAUUCUUCAGGUCCUUAAAGCAUCUGGCAGUUAUACUCACUUUCUUAGUUGUGGCUACUAUUAUCUUUAGCCAACAUCCCUUUCCAUUUGUAAAGGAAGUAGCAUUCCCCUUUGUUAUGGAGUCCUUGGAAACAUUCUAUCAAGAUUUUAGUAAGAGGUUUCAGAUGGUGGUGGGAACCCUGUGGUAUACCUCUAAUUUUCUACUUGAAUGCCUAUACAGAAUAUUUCCUAGUUCCAUGUGAAUAUUUCAAGUAGCAACCUGUGCUAUAUUAAGGACCUCAUGGAUUAUUUUAAUUUUUAAAAACAGAUUCUUAUAGCCUCUUGUUAAACUUCGAAUGGUAGCCAUUAAGAUCAGAUGACUGAGCCUAUUGGCCGAUUUACCAGCAACAAUUUAUAGUAAGGGGAUGGAAAUUUUAUUAAAAUGAAACCAAUACAUGGGAAUUUCUGGUCUCAGAAUAUGUUCACAAACUGAUAUAAGUAAAGAUUAAAGUGCAAAUAAAGUGUUAAAAAAGAAGUAAAGAUUAAACGGUCCUGUAAAGGCAGUUUGGGAGCUAUAGUAGACUUUCCCUUGAAUUAGCAUCCUCUGCUAUCACAUCUUUGUGACCUUCAAUCAUUGUUUGUCUUUACUUACACUUUUACAUAUUUUAUAAACACUAUUUCCAAAGUAUUAUUUAGUGCAAAAAGAGCUGGAAUGAAUGUCAUAGUAUUUUAGUGACACAUUAAUCUUAAGUACCCUAUAACCUUCCACUAAUUUUCUUAGUUGCCCCAUCAGUGUUUAAUGUUUUAAGUACCAAAGAUUUCAAAAUGCAUUUUUUCCUGGAAAACAAAGUUAAUCGUUAACUAGUAUGAAAAAUAACUGCCAAUAAUUCCCAAAGCGACAAAACAGCAUGUCUGGGAACAUUAGAAGGUGUUUGCUUUACAGCUGUUGUAGGAAAUCACAAAACCCUACAAACCAGAACUGUACCUGUAUAUGUAGUUUGGUGAUUAUGUUAGGGAUAUUCGCAGAAGGCAAUAGUAUGCCGUAAUUGAAACUAGUUUUUCUGCUGGCAUAAGACUUGGUGGAUUCAAUGUUUCUGUAUGUUCACUGUAUAUUUUUGUAUAAAUGAAUUACACGUUUUAUCAAAUUAGAGAUAUAGACUUACACUUUUCAACAGACUACGUUGCUUAUCUCAUAAUACACAAUUCAUAAUACUUCUA